AUGAAGUCGUUUUCAAAUUUUGUUUUGGUUGUCGUUAUGAGCAAUAAAAUAAAGCCUUUGAGUUGUAGAGAUACCGGUAGUGUCCAUUUAGUGGAACUUCGAGAUACCAGCGAACUAUAUGCAAUGAAGGCAAUGGAAAAGUCGGAAAUGAUGAAUCGUAAUAAGGUUCAUCGAGCGUGCAUUGAAAGAGAGAUUAUAUCCUUACUAUAUCAUCCUUUUAUUAUUACUACAACAGACACGCAUGCAUGUUUGAUUACUGACUUCUGCCCUAGGGCUGAGUUGUUCGCGUUACUCGGCAGACAACCUAUGAAGAUUCUAAAAGAAGAUUCAGCAAGAUUCUAUCCAGCAGAGGUUGUUAUCGGUUUGGAAUAUCUUCAUUGCUUGGGUACGCUGCUCAUUAUAUCAUCCAUUUAUUUGUUCACCUUAAGGAUUAGCUUUAGUAUAGGUUACUAA